CUUCCCUGCACGCUGCAGCAGAGAUAGCAAACGGGCUCUCAAGCUUCCCUGCAGGCCCUUCAGACAGUGAGACAUACGGCCCUGACUUCAACCUAUCAUCCCCUUUUCCGAUCACUGUCGCUCAGAACAGUAAUGCCAACUUACGUUUGACAUUCCCGGACACACAAAGUCGCAGUUUUUGCAGGUAUACAUGAGCCAAAGUCGGCAAUGGAGGACAGCAGGGGCUGAUUAGGGACGGCGAAGCCUUUUAAAAGGAGCAAAUGAGCAAUGAAAGUGAACUGGUGGCGGAGGGGCUGUGGGGGUUGUCAGAUUAUCACGAGAAGAAAGGCGAUAUCGGGAAGGCAAUAAAAUGCUUAGAGGCCAUGUGUCAGAGUGGCAUCUCCUUCCUCCCAAUCGUCCAAAUCAAGACUCGUAUACGCGUGGCCACGCUACUCCUUAAGUAUUCCAACAACAUUAACCACGCUAAAGCUCACCUCGAGCGUGCCCAAUUGCUUUUGAAGUCCAUUCCAUCAUGCUUUGAGCUAAAGUGCAGAGCCUACAGCUUAUUGAGCCAAUGCUACCAACUUCUGGGGGCUACUGCUUCCCAAAAACAGAUACUCAAUAAGGGGUUGGAACUUAUUGCAACGUCUGAGGAUGGGUUUUCUGCAAGGUUAUGGCUCUGCAACUUCAGUUCUCAGCUUGCAAAUGCUUUGAUAAGUGAGCAAGACUAUAAUGGAUCAAUUUUUCCUUUAGAACGUGGGCUGUGCUCUGCAGCUGAAAUGUGUUACUCAGAAUUACAGAUGUUUUUUGCGACUUCUAUCUUGCAUGUGCACCUCAUGCAAUGGAAUAAUGCAAGUGUGGUUCAAGAAGAUGUCAAAAGAUGUAAUUUAAUCUGGGAAUCUAUUGAUUCUGAUAAAAGACAGCAAUGUCUCGGUUUGUUAUUUUAUAAUGAGCUGUUGCAAGUGUUCUAUCUACUUCGGAUAUGUGACUAUAAGAAUGCUGCACAACAUGUUGAAAAAUUGGAUGAUGCAAUGAAGUCUGACUUACAGCGGAGGCAAUAUAUCAAGGAACUCAACAAAGAAUUAAGUGAACUCAAUAGAAGUCUUUGUGCUUCUGAUAUAAACUACACAGACAGAUCUAUAUUAUCUCAGAAACAAGCUCAACUUGAAGAACAGCUCAAUAAUUUAACAAGUAUGGGUUCAACCUGCAAAGAAUAUUUAGGACCAACACAUUUUGGAAAUGUGAAGCGGGAGUGGGGUGAUAAGCUUGAAUUGGCACCGCCUCCAAUUGAUGGGGAGUGGCUACCAAAAGGUGCUAUUUAUGCAUUGGUGGAUCUCACUGUAGUUGUAUUUAGUCGUCCCAAGGGAUAUAAGGAUAUUCAGAAGAGGAUUCAGUCCGGCCUACUAACCAUCCAAGAAGAACUUGAAAAACUUGGGAUCAAUGAUGGGGUAAAAGAAGUGGAUUUGCUACCGUCUGCCAUUUCAAUGGGCAGUGUUUAUUUAGACAUUCUGAUGCAGUUUUUAGAAAAUAAAAUUGCAGUGGAUCUUACACGAUCUGAGUUUUUUGAAGCACAAGAGGCUUUGGUGCAGAUGCGGAAUUGGUUUAUCCGCUUCCCAACAAUUUUACGGGCAUGUGAGAGUACUAUUGAAAUGCUCAGAGGGCAGUAUGCACAUUCCAUUUGUUGCUAUGAAGAAGCUAAUUUUCAUUUUCUUGAGGCUUCAAAGCUUACAGAGAACAACAGUAUGCAAGCUAUGUGUCACAUCUUUGCAGCAAUCUCAUUUAUCUGCAUUGACAACACCAAAUCCUCUUCACAAGCCCUAGAGCUCCUUGGACCAAUUAUGGGAACAAUUGAUUCUUUUGUUGGAGUACGAGAGAAAACCAGUCUCUUCUUCGCACAUGGGUUUCUGUUGAUGAGGCAGAAAAGUGCACAAGUAGCAAGAGACAAACUCGCUGCUGGUUUGCAGAUAGCACAUAAUUCGUUGGGGAACCUUCAACUUGUUUCACAAUAUUUAAGUGUCUUAGGGAAUUUAGCUCUUUCACUUCAUGAUGCAGGACAAGCUAGGGAGAUCCUGAGGUCUUCAUUGACCCUGGCAAAGAAGUUGUACGAUCUCCCAACUCAAGUUUCUGUACUAUCCAAUUUGACAGAACUAUACCAGCAAUUAGGUGAGCAAGGGAAUGAAAGUGAGAAUCGCGAAUAUGGAAUGAAGAAACUAGAGGAGCUACAAAAACGAAUCAGUCAUGCUUGUUCUUCUAGUCACCAUAAGGAACUGAUUGCAAAAGUGAGAACUGAAGUUCCUGACUGGAGCAAUUAUGAUUUGAUGAAAAGAACAACUUCCAACCCUCCUACCAGAGUUGAUUUAGAUAUUCCCGAAUCCAUUGGUCUAUCAACCGCCUCUCCUAUGCCCUCAUCAUCAUCAAGAUUAAUGGAUGUUGAUCUUGGGAGGAUAAAAAAGAGAAACAUUUAGCUUCCUUCCUACAUGCAAGUUGGUAGAAUUUUCAUUGACCAUCUCUGAUGAGGAAUUGAGGAUGAUGAUGAACUAUUCUCACCUCCACCAGGGCCUACUAUAAAAGUAGAGAAUUUGAGCAAAGAUGCUUAAUGUAAUCCAUUUGUAUACUUUGUGUAUAAUAAAAUUAUAAAUAGCCUUUUUUCUUUCAUUUUUCGUUUCUCCUCCAAACCUUUGCCUUGUCUCUCCUCCCCCUUCCGUGCCCCUCCAUUUCUUUUUCCAAGUUUCAUGAUCUGAUAUGGUUUCUUCUCCACAAACCAAAAGUCUGUUUCUCUAACAGAGUACAGGUGAGCUGUGAUGCCCACCUUUUUCUUUUUCUGAUUUCUUCUUGCAAUUUCUCAAACCUCUUGUGCUCCAUUUGACUUUCAGUUUCGUCCUUUGCUCUACUCCACCACUUCGAAUUUCCCUGUUAUCCCGUAAAGCUCUGUGGGUAAGCUGUCACCCUCCAUAAUUUAAAGCGGAGUAGUAAUCAUCAUCUUUAAAUACUGAACAAGGGUUUUAUAUUUUAGUUACGUUGUGCUGUUUUGCAGAAUUGUUUUUCUCCAUUCCUUGUACGAUUUUUUCUUUUUCAAUUUUCAGAGCAUGAUUAAAGUCAUGCUAAUUGUGUUUGUUAGAGCUCCUUUGGUAAUACUAAAUUUGGUUAAAUAUGUUGAAAUUGAUGAAUUCUAGAUUUCUAGUUGAAGGGCCUCAAUCAGAUUGGAUGGAUCAGCUGUAUUAUGAAAAAAUAGACUUCGUACUUCGUAUUGAAUAUAUACAAUCUCUGUCUCAAAA